AAAAAUAUGCCGGGAAAGCUGUUUUACAGCGACGAAGAAAAAGACCUAGUAACAGAGCUUGUGCGUAAGUACAAGUUCUCAAUCGAAAACAAAAAAUCCGACACCGUGUCGCUGUCGAGAAAGAUGAAAGCAUGGGACGCACUGACUGCCGAAUUCAACAGCGCAGAAAAUGUGCGGCCGCGCACUGUCGCACAACUAAGAAAGCUAUGGGACAACCUAAAGCAGCGGUGGAAGAAAGAAAAGGCCAAGCAAAUAAGGGAUGCCAUGGCUACAGGAGGUGGGCCGGCACCGGAACCUGUGGACGAGCGGCUGUCGCAGAUCGAGGCUGCAGUUCCGCAUCUUUCCGAACGCGUCAAGAACCCGUAUGAUAGCGACCGACCACCAUCAACGCAACCUGCCGAUAGCGUGGCUGACAUCAUCGCCGGAAUGACGCAGAGCAACCCGGAGGACAGUGACGACGAUCGCACCCUGGAACUAAGCAGCACUGAAUAUUUAUAUGUGGAUUCUGCGAAUGCAAGAUCCCCGUUACCAGCAGAACCUACUGAUGCCUCAUCUGAGCCUGCGCAAUGCAGACAGCAAGCCUCUCAGCAGACUCAAAGCGCUACAACCCAGUCAGCAUCUCAAGAAACAGCGGUUAGCCGGCGUGCACUUUUGCAGCAGACGCUAUCCACUGAACUGGAAUCCCGGCUGCAAGCGUUGCAGGAUGAAAGAUGCCAAAGAGCCACAGAGCACAAAGCCAGAAUGAGAAUGAUGGAAGAGGAACAUGGAUGGAAAAGACUGCAAUAUGCUGACGAGGAGAAGAAAAGAAGUUUUUUGCACAGGAUUCAGUUGCGUCUUCUGAGGGCUAAACUGAAGGUCUCCUCAAUGAGAGCAGAAGUUCUUGCCAAGCAACUGGCUGGUGAUGAGGCAAAGAGUAACUCUCAAUAAACAAGUUGUAACAGUUUUUAGCGUAAUGUUCCAUUGGAGCCAUUACUAAAUCAAUCAAUCAAUCAUUUUAUUUCAGUAUCAAAGACACUUGGUGGGUACAGACAAAAAGCCAUUCAUCAGGCUUGACGAGGUCUGCACCCCCGAAUAUUGGCAGACAAGGCGCAAAACAAAUACAGCACGCCUACAUAAAUAAACCGAACAGUGUACAGAAGUCAGGUGUGUGUGCAUUUGCGGUCUUAAAUCAGCUGCUAUUGUCAUAAAUACUAGUAAAAGAAGCAUAACAACAAAUUAUUGUGUAGAAACAAAUAAUAAGAUAAGAAAGAAAUACGCUUGAACACACGACAGGGUCACAUGAGUACAUGAAUACUGCAUGAGAUUACAUACUCUAUUGCGAA